AUGGUUGAUGAUCCAGAUAAAUAGCCAGUUAUUAUAAAAAAUGACAUCAGGGAGAUCAGGACUAUUAAGCAACUUUACAAAGUUGAUUUGGAUUUUGAGUCGCCUAGAAUGAAAAAAGCUAUGUUCAACCUAGGUGUAUCUUAAGAAGAAUGCAUAAAAAAGGAGAGAGAAGACUUUGUAAAGAGAGGUCUUGAUGAGGAUGUCAUAAAUCUUAGAUUUAAGCAUCAUCAGUACAGUUUGAUAGAUACCUUAAACCGUAUAUUAGAAGAACGCCGUAGAAUAAGUAAUUUACAUUUACAUCCUCAAAUAAAAAAAUAAUUCAUUAACUUCCCCUUACUAAUCAAUGUAGAAAUGGAAAUUUAGAGGGAAGAGAUUAGAUUGGGAAAUAACACAAGUAGUCCUAAUGGUCUUAAAAAGAAGGCAACAUUUAUAUCUCCACAGACACAGAUAAAACCUACGAAAAUGUCAGUUGAUGAGAAAGCUAUAAAUUCACUUCAGAUCCCUAAUCUCAAAGAGAAGCUUGGUGGAAUAACUUCAAUGAAUAAUAGCAUCAUAAAUGCUUCAACUUAGUUUGGAAGUAUGCCUUAGUCAACUCUAAAUAAGACCAGUCCAGGAUUCUUUAUGACAGGAAUGCCAAUGGAAGAUUCAUUUGAAUUCGAAGUGGUCAGACAGCAAAAAGGCUAAAAGAGGACUCAAUAGUCUGUUUUAUUGAAGGUGAAAGAUGAGUAUGAGAGGGUUGAGAAGCUCAAGUAGCUUGGAGAUAAACUAACUAAGGCUGAGAAAUAGUUCAAGGAUUUAACAAAGCAGAAGCAUAUUACCCAUAGCUUAAAUACAUCUAAGAAGAGAGAUGAAAAGAUACAAUUAAUCAAGAAGGAAAUGGAAUUCAAAGCUAAGCAAUUUACUGAAAGAGAGAAUGGUAGACUAAUGAAGGAGCAAGCUGAGCUUGAGAAGAGACUUAAGGAACUUGAGGAUAGAAAGUAUCAUGAACAAAGACAAAGAGAACUACAAUACAAGUAAAAGCGAGACUAGCUGAUGAAAAUGAGUAUUGAUUAAGAAUUCGAAGAGAAAUAGGAAUUAGUCGUUAGAUUGAUGAGCUUAGAAACUAGAAUAAACAGAGGGGAGGAAAAGUUUAGACAAACUAUUGAGGAAAAAGUCACGAGACUUCAUGAAAAAAAUGAAGAUAUGAUGGGAAGAAGAUUAAAAGUUAGAGAAAAAAAUACUAAUGAAUGGGACAACUUAAUCUAGAGUUUUACAGAAAAAGAACUAAAAAACUUUAAGAGAUUCUAAUCACUCUAACGAGACAUUAACAAGGUGAUGAAUGCUCAAAAGAACAAAAGAAAAGAAAUUUUUGAUAAUCAAACUUCUCGUAAGGCUGAUGAAGAAUAUAAUAGAUAAAGAAAACUCGAUCACAUGCUCUAGAAAUUGAAUAGAUCCGAAAAAGCUGUUAAAGAAUUCUUGAGCGAUUAAAAGCACAAUCUUAUGCUUAAGCAGGAAGAGAGAAAGCUUAAGGAGGAAGAUAUGAAAAAGAUUAGACUUAGAAUGAAGAGGCUAGAGUUCAAGAAGAAAAUGGAGAUAAUUGAAAAGGAGAAAAGUGUUGAGCAGAUUAUUGAACAAGUAAAAGAAAGAGAAAAGGAGAUUAUCCAAAAAAGAUAUGAGAAUUGUGUAAAGCUUAACUUUGAGAAAGAAUAGCUAAAGAGAACAAUGCAUAUUUGGGCUCACAGUGGAUUCACUCCAGAUAAAAGUCCUGAGAAAAAUGUCACUCUAAACAUUAACAAUUCCAUUGUGGAUUUUAAGUAGACUUUGUUUAGCACUUCAAAUCUCAAAAAGAAGAAAAAUAAGAAUGAUGAUACUAAUCCAUGA